GCAAGCCGAAGAAAAACCACCACAUUAUUCUUUUAUUGUCUGAAUCUACAGUGUAGUGCUGGAAACAAACUACGAUAUCUGUUUCCUCGUUUCAUAAUUGAUAUGCUUUCAUAGAUUCGUAUACUCUUGGCAUUACUAGUCCACAUUUGAGGUCUCUCUACUCCCUCUGUUCCAACUUCGACGUUUUGUCCAGCUUGAAGCACAAACUGGAGGGUUGCCGCUGCCCAGCUGGUUUGCUCGAUCAGUAUAAUUUGGUGUGAAAGAUGGAAGACCCAUUUGCCGGUGAACGGUAAUGCGGUGACCCAUUUUGGAUUUAGUUACUUUUCAUUUGGAAUCUGUGUCGUUUUUUGGGAAUUUCAUUUCUUGAGUUGGGAGCUAUUUGACUGUAGAUCAAGAGACCAAAGCUUAUUAUUAUUAUUAUUUUUUUUUUUUAAUAUGUGUUUCGGAGCUUUUUUAAUAUGGGAAAGUAAAUUAGAUUGAGCUUUGCAUUGUCUGGAGGGAUACGUGGGGUUAGUUGUGAGAUGCUCAUACUAGUUUGACUAGGUUCUUACUUUGGUGGCCAAUUUCAAGUAAAGAGGAAGCCUUUGAUGAGGGACCGGAGGAACAUAGAGAGAAAACUUGGAACUUUGGAAAUUAUUCUUGUCAUGUUCAAUCAAUUAGGAUAAUGUGCUGUUGUAUGCGAUAGCAUUGCAAAGCAGGCAGAACUUGAAAUAAGUUGGAUCAAAUUGUAUUUGUUUUGAUGGCUUCUAUUAGAAGAACAUUGUCUCCAGUGCCUCGAGCAGGAAUUCCACUAAAUGGGGAAGUCCAUUCAGUUGCUUCUCCAUUGUCCAAGUCCUCAUCUUGUACUCAGAACUAUCCAUCAUCCAAUGGAUUCUUAUCAUCUUUGGCUGCUUCAUUGGAUUCUCAAGCGUUUGUUCUCGGUGUUUUUUCACCGAGGUCUUAUAGGCCUUUUGAGAAAUCAAAACCCAAGGGGCAAGUUUGGAGAAGGGCGCUUUCCCAUUUCUUUAUUUGUUUCAUGCUUGGAGUCUUUAUUGGGGCUACACCUUUUGCGUCAAUGACUUUAUCCACAAAUCUCAUGUCAAAGCAUCAGGACUUAUCCUUUGAAAUGAUAUCCUCAGUCGGGUUUCAUCAGUUGCAUGGGAGUGUAUCCAGAAAUGUGACACCAUUAGAUAGCAGGGAAAUGCAGAAGAAUGUUACAAUGGAGUCACAAGUCAAGGAGUGGGAACCAACAGAAGGCAUCCUAUUAAAAACUAAUAUGCAGAACCAAUCACUCAUUCAAGAAGCAGAUAUGGAGUUCCGAAAGCUUUUGGUAAUCGUGACUCCAACAUAUGCUCAUCCAUUUCGGGCCUAUAAUCUGAAUCGUUUGGCACACACGUUAAAAUUAGUCUCCCCUCCAUUGUUAUGGAUCGUUGUGGAGAUGACCUCCCAAUCAGCAGAAACAACUGACAUCUUGAGGAGAACUGGGAUUAUGUACAGACAUCUUGUGUGCGAGAAAAAUCUUACUGAUGUAAGAGACAGAAGUGUUCAUCAAAGAAACGUUGCACUUUUUCACAUUGAAAGUCACCGUCUUGAUGGAAUCAUCUACUUUGCAGAUGAGGACAACAUCUACUCAAGUGAUCUUUUUGAGCAAAUGAGGCACAUUAGGCGGUUUGGAACAUGGUCAGUUGCCAAAAUAACAGGUAACAAAAUGCAAGCUGCUAUAGAGGGUCCCGUUUGUAAUGGAACUCAAGUAAUUGGAUGGCAUGCAAUUGAAUCAAGUAUAAGAUUUCAAAGAUUCUAUGCUCAAAUAUCAGGAUUUGCCUUCAAUAGUACUAUACUCUGGGAUCCCAAAAGGUGGCAUCGACCGACUCUUGAACCUAUUAGGCAGCUUGACACAGGCAAUGAUGGUUUCCAGGUGAGCACAUUUAUUGAACAAGUUGUGGAAGAUGAAAGUCAAAUGGAAGGUUUGCUGCAAGAUUGCUCGAGGAUCAUGGUUUGGCAUCGUCAUCAUGAAUCAGUUAAUGCCUUCUAUCCUCACAAGUGGUUCAAGAAGAAUAAUCUAGAUGUCAUUGCUUCACUUACGUGAAUUCUUAAUGUGAAUGGAGUCCAUAUGGAUGGCAAAGUACAGGAGAGACUGAGGAAUACUAUAGAUUGUCCUGCCGUUCCUGCCAGUGUAAAACUUAAUGCAGCUAGUACCUGCUCCUAUAAUUCUAGCUGUUUUAGUUGUUCACAAGAUUGAUAAGAGAAUUUUCUCACAUGUACUCAGUUGUUAACUAAAUUAUUUAUUCACUGGUAGAAAGAAGAACAGAAAUAAUUGAUAACCCCUCAGUCUGCACUCUUCAACAUCAGACAAGUGAGAAAAUCAAACACUGCUAGUCUGCUUCACCAUUUCAAUUAUAGACAGGAGUUACAUCGCAGGGUGGUAAUAAGUGUAACCCCACCCAUAUUUACUGUGUUCAUAUUCAUCACUCAAAAUGUGUUUUUCAUAAAUCCACUCAAUACACAAAUACCAAAAUUCCCACUACUUUAGACAACAUUAAACAUCCUCAAUUAAAGCGAAACAAAGGAUCUUGCUUCCACAUGAGCAGACGCUCUCUGGUAAGUGCCAAUACUAGGGCUGCCGGGACGGGCUGAAAUUGUUGUAAUCCCGAAGCCCGUCCCGGAAGUAAAGUUCGGUACGGGCCGGGACGGUUUAGGCAGUUUUGAGAAUUGAUCCCGACAGGCCCGAACCCGAUCGGUAUCGGGCCGGGACCGGGACCAAUCCGGGACGGUCCCUAAAAAAAAGAGAGAGGGAGGUUUCCAAUUUCCUGAGUUUGCAGGAUUUUUUAAUUAAAAAAAAAUUGAUCGUGCAUCUUCCCAGACCGACUUCUUGGCUCUAGCCAUGAAUUACAGCCAACUAAACAAAAAUAAAGCAAGCAAAACUAGCAAUCUAGCA